UUAACAACAAAACGAGGCUGUGAGUUUUAUUUUGAAAGGUCAGAGAGACUGAGGGUGAGUGGACGGAGCAGGACGCUGGACGGUUCUGUCCUCCCAGUCAGCUGAGUCUUUCCUGAUCCCACUGGACGGCAUGGACACGUUCCUGAAGUCGAGCAGAUCUGCAGCCAAGACCGGUUUCCGUAACAACCUGAGAGUCCAUGUGGUCCUGGGAAGCGAGUCAUGUGACCUGGACUCAGCCGUGUCGUCGCUAGCGAUGGCCUACUUCCUGUCCAGGACGUCCUCUGGUCGGUUGGGUGCUCCUCUGGUCGUUCCGGUUCUCAACAUUCCUCGGUCACAGUUUUAUCUGCGAGCUGAUGUCCUCCUGCUGUUCAGGGAGGCCGGCAUCGCCACGGAAACCCUGGUGUUCAGAGACGACGUGGACCUGGCUCGUCUCUACGCCAACCGGAGGCUAGCGCUGACGCUGGUGGACCACAACGUCCUGCCAAGCGCGGACAGCGACCUGGAGGGGGCGGUAGUGGAGGUCAUAGACCACCAUCAGCCAGAGAGGACAGCCUCCUUCUCCUGUCCUGUCAACGUGGAGAUGGUAGCGUCCUGCGCUACCUUGGUAACAGAGAGGAUCCUGUCCAGACCGCUGGAGAUCCUGGACAAGCAGCUGGCGUUACUGCUGUAUGGUGCGAUGGUGGUGGACAGUGUGAAUCUGUCCCGUCUGGUCAGUAAAGUGACCGUUAAAGACAGUCAGAUUGUCCACAUGCUGCAGACACAGUUCCCUGAUCUGCCAUCAAGUGGCGCUCUUCACUCUUCCCUGCAUAAAGCCAAGUUUAACCUCUCAGGUCUGGAAACGAAUCACAUCCUGUUGAGGAACAUGAAGACGGUUGCCAGGGGCGACCUGAGAGCAGCAGUCAGCGUCGUCUACAUGAGUCUGGAAUCGUUUCUGCUCACUAAGAAUCUCCAGCAGCAUCUCUUUGACUUCUGCCACUCGCACGGACUGGAUGCUGUGGUCGCCAUGACGAUAUCCUUCAGCGACCAAUCGUAUCGGCUGGUGAGGCAGCUGGUCAUCUACAGCCCCGACCCGGUGCUCAGGCAGGAGAUUAGCCACGCCCUACAGAACACCCAAAGCCCCGCCCUCUGCCUCUCUUCUGUCAGCAGCCCAUAUAAGGACGUCCUGGCCUAUCACCAAGACAACACUCUGGCCUCUCGCAGUAAACUCCUUCCUGUCCUUGCACACUUCCUGUCCCGCUGGUGUCGAGGAAACGGUGAGGACGAGCAGCUCGACCAAUCAGCUGAUGGCCUGUCUCACGUUUACGCCUCCUCUGCUCUCCACCACCGGCUGGGACCGGAGGAUAACGGGACCGGACCUCCACCGCCGCCCAUGAACAGCCUAGUGGACGGCAGCCCGCUGGACGGAGACUUCAACCAGGAGGCUCUGAUGGAGAAGUUCAGGAGGAUGGAAGGGGUGGAGGAGCAGCAGCACGGAGGAAACAUCGACUGAAGUCGGUCCGCUUUGAAUCACUGUCGACUUUUAGAGUUUAUAGAGCUGCUGUUGUUUUGUAAUCAGUAAACGUUCACCUUCUGA